AUGACGUGGUGUAACGUAUCGAAAUGGCAGGAACGUGGCGAGGUCCAUGGAGCGAAUAUAUGCCGUGCCAUCGGAAAUGCUGCGUGUUUGGUCGAUUUGGCUCGGCAAGAUCGGCGAAAUUGCCGACGAAUGGCAGAGGUGGUUACGUGCUCACAUCGAUUUUGCUGCGAGGCUCGCGGAAGAGUUGCAGAAGGCCGACCAGGCCUUGAAACUGGGGGAGAGACACCAGCCACGGAUAGAACGGAGACGAGCAGAGAAUUAACAACAGAGUUGGGAGAAAUGUCCAGUAGAGAGCUGGCAGAAAAGAAAAACUCCGAAGUGGCUGAAUCUAGAGUGACGUUAAGGGAGAAAUCGGGAGAAACGGCGCCAGAAGAAUCAAGAGAGAUAGUGGGAGGAAAGUCGAGGGUGACGACGUCCGAAACAGCGGACGAUGGGGACGAAUUCACGAAGAUUUGGCCCAUAGGCACGCCAUGGGAGCAUUUGGAAACAGAGGAUGCGGACGACAGCGAGCCAUUCGAAGUAAGAACUCGCUCGGUGUUGUUACAGAUGAACACAGUGCUUCCUAGCUUCCACUCGUCCAGCAAUCUCCGAUUGCCUUUACCGAGAACCGAGGAGGAGAUGAGGGCGUUGUUGAAGAAGUUCACACACGAGGCGACCGUCUAUCGAUCUUAUUACAAACACUGGAAGGACACGGCCGAACAGGCGAUCAAGGAAAUCGGAGGUAGACCAGUGCUGGCAACCUUCCUGGUGCAAGGCUUGGACAAGCACGGCACGGUGAAGGAACAGCCUGCUGUGAAACCGGCGGUAACGAUCUCGAAAUCACGCGUGAGAGGCAAAAGGAGAGGAAAGGCUAGCGCAAAGUCCAGCGCCAAGCCUUCGGACGAGAAGUUGACACAGUCCGCCAUAUUGGAGAACGAUACCGCGGUAACAGCAGUGGAUGAGGUCGACGAGGAACGGGAUAAACCGGAAGAAAAAGAGGAAGAGAAAGAGGAAGAGGAGCAGGCAAACCCAAAACCGUCGGAGGAACCGUCGAAAUUUUCUCCAGUCUCUUCGAGAGCGACCAGGGGAACUGCCUUGAGAAUGAGCGAGCGAACGGCGGACGAGUCGAAGGGAAUCGCCUCGUCGAUAACGAGCUACCUCGUUGCGACGGUCGAGGCGGACGAUCUCACGAAGGACCACGCGCGUUCGUUGGAGCCGGUGCCUUACAUCUUUUAUCUGAGAGCGGAGCCGGAUAUCGAGAUAGCUACGGAGCACGACGACGAGCAGGUCGUUGCAGCGGAUCCCGAUCGUGAGAACGUCACCGCUUCGUACAAGCAGCUUUUCUUCAAUCUCACGGACAAACCUUGCAAGGGAGGCAAACCGUGGAUACUCUGA